GAAUAUUCACCAAUGGGUUAUUUUAACCAAGUUGUAAAUACAACUUUGUUUUGAUGGUUUGUUGUGGUUGACUCAGCUGUUGUGUACAGCAUCACAGCUGAUCAACAGCAACUAAUACCACGGAAAAUCAUUAUUGUGGCUAAAUAUCUUUACUGAGGGAUGAAAUUACUGUGCAUUUUAGUAGUAAAAUUGAUUGCGAGUGAGACACAGGAGGGUCAGCAAUUCUUUGCCUGGGAAGUGGGUAGAGAUGCCCUGGGGAAUCAGCUGACCAAUGGAACUUGAUCUGGAAACAUCCCACACAUGCUGAUUAUAGAUUGCUGCAUGGAAAGUAUUUUUGGAGAGAUUCCAAUAAAUUUUCUGCAUUACAUGUCACUGGGACCUCAGGUGAGGUCCAGGGUAGAAACCUAUAGAAAGCGACAAACAAUACAGUUGAUUGCUGGACAAAUAUUGUACUGUUGAGUGACAGUGAUCUGAAAAUUGAAUGAUCCAAAUAGUGCAGUGCAGAGCAGCAUUCAGUGGACAGUGAGAUACAAAAAGUAAAGAAGUGAUGACUUUACAGCCUCUCCUCACUUAGCAAUGUACUCGUUUACUGAUGCCUCAGACUUACGAUGGGCUCUCUGACCAGUGUUCAUACCUAAAGAAUGUAUGUUAGAGCCGAUUUCCUCUAUUCAAUAUACAAUACACUACUGUAUAAACAUUUAAAAAUAUACCAGAAAUGUUAUAAAUGGUGCAAAGGUGACAUUAAAACAAUAUCAAAGAUGGUUGACACAAAUUCACUACCAUUAUAGUAUACUCCUCACUUAGUGAUGAAUUCGUUUAACGAUGUGAUCUUAGGAACGGAACUCCAGUGUUAAGUGAGGAGAGGUUGUAUAUACAAUGGUCAUUGUGUUUGAAGAAAACUGUACAGGAUUUCAGAUGCACAUAAGUGCAUCCAGCAUGAGCAAUACAAAACGGGCAAAGCUCAUCUGCUGACCAGAAGAAUUACGGGUCCAGCAUCCUGCGUUAUAACUCAUGUAUUUGAAGUCUACUAGAAAUCAUGGAAGCUCAUACAGAAGAGAAACCAUAUAAAUGUUCAACCUGCCUGAAAAGCUUUUCACAGCGUUCAACCCAAGUACAACACAUGAGAGUUCAUACUAAUGAGAAGCCAUAUCAGUGUUCAGUGUGUUUGAAGAACUUUGCAAAGAAUUCAACUCUAGUUGAGCACAUGAGAAUUCAUACAAAGGAGAAACCUUAUCAAUGUACAGUAUGUUUAAAAAACUUUUCACGGCAGUGGCAUGUGUUACAACAUAUGAGCACUCAUACAGGAGAAAAGCCAUUUCAGUGUUCAGAGUGUGUGAAGGGCUUUUCACGGCGCUCAUAUCUAGAACUACACAUGAGAGUUCAUACAAGAGAGAAACCAUAUCAAUGUGCAGUAUGUGUAAAGUACUUUGCCAGUAAAUCAGAAAUUGUAAGACAUAUGAGAAUUCAUACAGGUGAGAAGCCUUACCAGUGUUCACAGUGUGAUAAAGAUUUUGUUACUAAAUCUGCUCUAGCAGUACAUGUGAGAGUUCAUACAAAAGAGAAACCAUAUCAGUGUUCCACAUGUUUAAAAGACUUUGCGCAGUAUUCACAACUUCAACGGCAUGUGAGAGUUCAUACAAAAGAGAAACCUUAUCAGUGCUCAAUGUGUUUAAAGCACUUUUCUAGUAGUUCAAGUCUAAUGAUACAUAAGAGAGCUCAUACAGGAGAGAGACCCUAUAGGUGUUCAGUGUGUUUAAAGGGCUUUGUACAACAUUCACAAAUGAAACAACAUUUGAGAGUCCAUACAAAAGAAAGACUCCAUCAGUGUACAGAAUGUCUAAAACAUUUUUCCUGCAAAUCAGGUUUGGUAAUGCACAUGAGGAUUCACACCGGUGAGAAGCCAUAUCAGUGUCCAGAGUGUAUGAGAGACUUUUCAUGGAAGUCAUGUCUUGCACAACAUAGAAAAACUCACACAGGAGAGAAGCCAUACAAAUGUUCAGACUGUCUAAAAGCCUUUUCAAGAAAAUCAGCUCUAAUAACACAUACUCAAGUUCAUACAGGACAGAAACCAUAUCAUUGUUCAAAGUGUGAGAAAAAGUUCUCACAAAAUUCAUAUUUAUUAAAGCACAUGAGAGUUCAUAUAAGAGAAAGCACAUGAUUAUUCACAAUGUUUAAAAGAGUUUUAUAAUAAAGUUAUACAAUAAACCUCUCUCGUAAUGCACUGAAUAUGUUCCUUGAAAACUGCGCCAAGUACAAAAUAGGGUUUUGUGAAGUGAAAAGCAUAGAAAAAUUGGCUUAUACUCAGACACAUUCAGAUUUGAAUGUCAGAUUUCUUUUUACUGUUCUACUAGGCAUAAAUGGUUACAGGAUAAUAUUCCUCACAUUACGUUAGUUGUUACUUGAAGCAUUUGAAGAGUGUAGGAAGAAUUAAUAUUGGCUUACUUCACUAAGUUGGAUGUAACAAGAUUUACCAGCUG